AUGAAUUCAUCGUUGAAGAUAUUAGAUUUGGCUUUAAACCAUUUUGAAGGACCAGUUCCUACUCCACCACUCUCUAUCAACCUCUUUUCUGCAUGGGACAAUAGUUUCACAGGAAACAUACCUCUUUCGGUUUGCAACCGGAGCUCGCUGGUUAUUCUUGAUCUCUCCUACAACAACUUAACCGGUCCGAUUUCUGGAUGUUUGAGUAACCUCAAAGACUCUAUCGUUGUCUUGAACCUCAGGAAGAACAACUUGGAAGGAAGUAUUCCAGAUAUGCUCUACAAUGGUUCGUUGCUGCGGACACUUGACGUAGGCUACAAUCAAUUAACUGGCAAGCUUCCAAGGUCUCUUCUGAAUUGCUCUUCGCUAAGGUUUGUAAGUGUGGACAACAACAAAAUCAAAGACACAUUUCCUUUCUGGCUCAAGGCUUUGCCUGGUUUACAAGUCCUUACCCUUCGUUCAAACAAAUUUUAUGGCCCUAUAUCUCUUCCUGCUGAAGUUCCUCUUGCGUUUCCCAAGCUGCGCAUACUUGAAAUAUCGGAUAACAACUUUACAGGAAGCUUGCCACCAAAUUACUUUGUGAAUUGGAAAGCAUCAUCACUCGAGACGAAUGAUGAUGGAAGAAUAUAUAUGGGAGACUACAACAACGCUUAUUAUAUCUACGAAGAUACCAUGGACUUGCAAUACAAAGGUCUAUUCAUGGAGCAAGGAAAGGUCCUCACUUCCUAUGCCACCAUCGAUUUUUCUGGAAACAGAUUUGAAGGACAGAUUCCUGAAUCCAUUGGUCUUUUGAAGGCACUGAUUGCUCUCAACUUAUCAAACAAUGGAUUUACAGGUCAUAUUCCUCUGUCUUUGGAAAAUGUUACAGAGCUCGAGUCACUUGACCUGUCAGGAAACAAACUCUCGGGGACUAUUCCUAAAGGACUUGCGAGACUUUCAUUUUUGGCGUACAUAAGUGUGGCUCAUAACCAGCUCAUAGGCGAAAUACCACAAGGACCACAGUUUGGUGGGCAAGCUGAAUCAUCAUUUGAAGGGAAUGCAGGUCUAUGUGGUCUUCCUCUCCAAGGAAGUUGCUGUGCGCCACCACCGACACAAUAG